CCUGGGUCUGGUGCACCAAAAGCCGACAAACCGAAGUUGACCCCCGACGAGUUUCCUGCACUCCCCGGCAGCAAAGCCACCGCACCGCAAGUCAGCACAAGCGCCCCCCUAUCCUUUGCUUCCUUGCCCCUCUCGCCUGCUGUGGGCAGAUGGGAUGAUGAGGUGGAAGAAAGUAUCUCGAAAAAAGCAGCACAGGCGGCGAACGCGCAGGCGAAGUCAAAGGAAAACUAGAAACCUUCUUAUGCGCGGCCUACCUUCGCUUCAACCCUUCGUUCCAAUUCUCAGGACCCUCCUCGUAUCAAGCCACCGUUAAUGUCAACGACACGCCCCAAAGGUCACCAUAAAUCUGAUUCGCGAGACACAGUCAAUAAAGAGCCGACAGCGGAGCAUGAGUCAACAAAACUGGCGAGGGUGAAGGGUUUCCUCUCAGUUCCAGCCCAAGUAGUGGCUGCGCACCUAGGUCUUGAACCACCAAAGGUUGAUGCCACUCUAACCUCAGAUCAGAUGGUCACUGCCCGUCAAACCCUUAAAACGCCGGUGGCCACUCCAGCGUUAGGCAAGUUACCGGCCGGCCUCCAAUCUCUGGAACGGUCCAAGGCGGAAAAGGUACAAAGAAGCCUCGAGCAAUAUCAGAGGGACCUCGGGGAAAUGCAACAGAAACUCGCAGAGAGGGCAAUAGAAAAACCCGUGAGCCACAAAGUAUCCAAAGUUUUGCCACUUACAGCACGCAACAGAGCAUUGCUGGACGUUCAACAUUUGAUAAGCGAGCACGUUGAAGAUGAACGAUCCUAUCGCCAUUAUAAAAACCCGGAAAACAUUAUAAAAUGGGUGACAGAAUCCGAGAUUACCCAAAUGCGUCGGUGGAAGGGUCCCAACAUGCAUUCCGAUGAGGAUCAUGCGACACCAGAGGAGUAACUUGACGUUGGUGACGACUCGGUGUAUUUUCCUCGGGAGGACGACUUGUAGAGGGGUCCUGGAAACCACAGGCUUUUCUUUGGCCGUAGAGGAUGGAAGCGAGGUGUUUCUUUCAUGUGAUACGAAAAAUGUCUAGACAACAGCGAUUUUGUAAAAGCGAACAGACGAAUUGAUACCACAAGAAUCUGAAUUGAGAUUGCUAGCCGGAAC